AUGCUUUUGCAUACUGAUGCGUGGUCUGCGCAGCCUUGUAUUCUGUCUACAUAUGCCCUCAUCGUGAAGUAUGAACUGAAAGCCGCGGCUGCUCAAGCUGAAGUUGAACUGAUCUUCCAGAUCAAGAAGACCGAGCACCAUGAGAAAUAUCUCGUUUGGCAGCUUGAGAAGCCCCAUAAUAAAGAAGCUGGAGAGACAGGAGUGGCCCUUUCAUAG